GGGGGCUCCCAGAAGAUGGGGGUGCACAUCAGGCUUGGCGCCUCGUUGGCAGUGAGGGGAGGCUCUUGUGGAGAGGAGCCGUUGUGGUGGGCCCCCGGGGACUGGGCAGCCCGGGGGCGAGAAGGGGGGCGCGGCCGGAUGAUCCGAGGGGGCUUCUGGGUAGGGGGUGUUGCUGCAGGAAGAGACUGAGCUGACAUCUUCCUCUGAGCUCUUCCGAGGAGUGGGGUACACUGCUGGAGUCAUCCCCUGAGAAAGAGGGGCAGAAAGAGAGACCCUUAGUGCCCACGAGUAGACCGAGGCCGUGUGUCCCAUCUGCCUCGCGGGAGGAGUCGCAGUUUCCGGGCUCUCCUGGCGCCUGAACCGAGAGGGAGUGGACCUACAGUUUGGCAGCCCCACCCGGCGAUGACCUGGGAUACAAGGCGAAGGAGGGGAGCCCUCCGCCCGCAAGAGCAGCAGCCCCAAACAGGCGGAUGAGGGACUGCUGCCUCCGUACUCGGCCUCUGCGUCCAAUAACCCAGGGUCCAACCUCUCCGCCCCGCCAGUGAUAAAACCUCUGCUCCCUGGGGACCCCUCCCAGUACUCCGAGUCCGCAGCCCAGGCACUGUUCCUGCUACUGCUGUCCCACCAUGGACUUCUUGAUGAGCGGCCUGGCAGCCUGCGGGGCCUGUCUGUUCACCAAUCCCCUGGAGGUGGUGAAGACCAGGAUGCAGCUGCAGGGAGAACUGCAGGCCCCCGGGACCUACCGACGACACUACCGAAACGUCUUCCACGCCUUCAUCACCAUCGGCAAGGUGGACGGCCUGGCAGCGCUGCAGAAGGGCCUGGCCCCUGCCCUCUUAUACCAGUUCCUGAUGAACGGCAUCCGGCUGGGCACCUACGGGCUGGCUGAAGCUGGGGGCUGCCUGCACACGGCUGAAGGCACCCUCAGCCCUGUCCGCAGCGCAGCAGCUGGAGCCCUGGCUGGGGUCAUGGGAGCCUACUUGGGGAGCCCCAUCUACAUGGUGAAGACACACCUACAGGCACAGGCAGCCACAGAAAUUGCUGUGGGGCACCAGUAUAACCAUCAGGGCAUGUUUCAGGCGCUAAUCAAGAUUGGCCAGAAACAUGGUCUGGUGGGGUUGUGGCGUGGGGCCCUGGGCGGCCUGCCCCGAGUUAUCGUCGGUUCCUCCACCCAGCUGUGCACCUUCUCGUCCACCAAGGACCUCAUGACCCAGCGGGAGAUAUUUCCACCCCAGAGCUGGAAGGUGGCUCUGGUGGCCGCCAUGGUGAGCGGCAUUGCGGUGGUCCUGGCCAUGACACCCUUUGACGUGGUCAGCACAAGGCUCUACAACCAGCCCACAGAUGCUCAGGGCAAGGGCCUCAUGUACCGGGGCUUGCUGGAUGCUCUGUUGCAGACGGCUCGGAUAGAGGGCAUUUGGGGCAUGUACAAGGGUAUAGGUGCCUCCUACUUCCGCCUCGGCCCCCACACCAUCCUCUCCCUCUUCUUCUGGGACCAGCUGCGCACGCUCUACUACAUGUACACCAAAUAACAACAGCCACUCUUCCAACACUCCAUCAAGUCGGCGCUCCUUGUACUCUUCUGACUCCAUUGUUAUGACCUGGUGACUUCUGACCAGAUGAUCUUUCAUCCAUCAGAGGGGGACCACCAACCCCACUCCCCAUCUGUUUUCUCAGGGUUGAAUCACUACAAGGGA